AUGGAUGCGGAUGUGGAUGUGAAGCCCUCUCAUAUCCCCCCCUCCCCCCAAAAUGAUCUCGAAACCAUCAUCAACCUCCACCAGAAAACAACCUACGACACACACACCACAGACUCACCACUCAAACCAAACAACAAACCCUCCCACAACAAUGGACUUCCCAGCCCACCAAGCGGCAGCAACGCCAGCCUGGCCGACGAACUACCAGACUACAGCACCUCGCCCACCGCAUGGCUUGCCGCAGUCGCCGGGAAAGUCUACCCGGCCUCCGACCGCUACCACGGGUGGGACAUCCAAAUCACCACCGAGGCAGCAGCCCCGGCCUCCUCCUCCGAGGAGGACCACCACAACACCUCCCCCUGCGACGUGAUCACGAUCUCCCACUCCGUGUCGGGCACCGUGCUGAUCCUCGUCCGCGGCCAGAUUAUCUUCGGGGAGUACCCGGGCUCUUCCAGCCCAUCGUGGGUCAACACCACGGAUGAUGAUGCCCCGUUGGAGCCAUGGCGGUUGUCCGAGAAUGAAGGCAGGGCCUGGUUUGCCGAUAAGCUGCUGGAGAUCCGGUGGUCUGCCGGGGAGCCCCGUUAUGUGGUGUCGUACUGGGUCUGGACGAAGCUGGGACUGUCGUAUGCGGACUUUCUGAAUCUUGGGAAAUACGACCCGCUUGCGUUUGAGUAA